AUGAACAGGCCCGAGCUGGAAUUCAGGGAGUCAAGGGCAGAACUUGAAACUGCAUUUCCAAAGCCUCCAAGACAAGCGAGCCACACCGCCGACCGGAAGCGCUGGCAGGACCGCAGCCCCGCCCCCUGCACGCGCCCGCCCUCCGCCCUCCGCCCUCCGUCCUCCGUCCUCCGCCCUCCGUCCUCCGUCCUCCGCCCUCCGCCCUCCGCCCUUGUGACUCUUGGACGCGACCUGGGCCCAGCCGCGCUGCGACCUGAAGGCCACCUCCUCCCUGCGGCCGGAGCUGCGGCCUCAGGGUCCCCGCCCGCCGGCCCGCGGCGCUUCCCACCCCGCGGACGCCGACUCCAGGGCUGCCGCGCACUUCCCGCGCUCCUCCCUUUGACGCUUCCUCCCUUCCCAGAAAGCAGAGGACAAAAUCCAAUUCAUCCCGCCUCUGGGCUGUGGGCACAAGAGACGGUCACUUCGCAGCAGAGCCCGCCGCGCCACCUUCCCGCCACAACUGUCUGGAGAGAUCCCCCCACCGAGAUGUGAGACCGAAAACGAAAACAGCCGGAUCAGAGUCACCAUGUGCGAGACGUGUGGGAUGCGAACACAGAUCUGCGUGGGAUAGGCCCACGCAGAUCUGUGACCAAGAAACAGCAUUUCUUCCUGCUGGCCCCUGGGAUUCAGGAGGUGUUUGUCAUCAAGGCAGAAGCCCAAGGUUACUCUGACCAGGGUGGGUGUCUUGUCCAGGCUCACAGCUUUAAAUACUACCAUACACCAAUGACUUCUGUUUAUCAGUCUCCCCAGAAUCC